AUGAACAUGAGCGGGGAACAAGCGAAAGCGGGAACGGGAGCAAAGUGGAGGAAAGCAAGAAUGGGCGAAAAAGAAACGGAAUGGGUAUGGAGCAAGAGUGAGGGAACGGGAUCGAGCGAGGGAAUGGGAUCGAGUGAGGGAACAGGAUCGAGCGAGGGAACGAGAUCGAGUGAGGGAACGGGAUCGAGCAGGGAACGGGAUCGAGCGAAGGAACGGGAUCAAGAGUGGGAACGGGAUCAAAAGAAGGAACGGGAUCAAGAGUGGGGGCGGGAUCAAGAAUGGGGACGGGAUCAAGAAUGGGAGCGGGAUCAAGAAUGGAAAUAG